AUGCCGCGUUGCACACGGAAAGGAUGCAAUAAGGAAUACGAUCCAGCUGCUAAUAGUGCGUCCAGCUGCACGUAUCAUCCUGGAGCACCUGUUUUCCAUGAAGGCCUUAAAUCGUGGUCUUGUUGUUCAGAUGUGAAUAAACCAGCCUUGGAGUUCGACGAGUUCAUGAAGAUACCUGGAUGCACCGUCUGUUCACACACAGAUGAAGCUCCCCAAGUACCUGUCCCUGCCCCUGCUACAAAGACAUCCUCGACCGGCGCCAGUUUGACCAUGAAGGAGGCAAAAGACGGAGUGGAGAUUUAUUCGUCAGGUGCACCGAAGGUUGCAUCGCCUAAGCCAUCAAUUCCCCUACCUAUGGAAGCUCCUGUUGUUGAAGAUGAUCUCAGCGUGCCCGUAACUCCCGGCACCAUCUGUAAACGCAAGGGUUGUGGUACCGCUUUUGUCAGCGAUGAAGUGAAUCGAAUCGGAGAUGGCGAUGAAACUAUCUGCACAUACCACCCAGCUGCUCCCAUGUUUCAUGAAGGAAGCAAGGGUUACCUAUGCUGUAAACGACGGGUCUUGGAGUUUGACGAGUUCCUCAAGAUCGAGGGAUGCAAAAGGGGGCGUCACGUCUUUGCGCCUAAGCAGCGUACAGAAUCGCAGGCAGAGCAGUUCACUGACUGCCGUGUUGAUCAUUAUCAGACACCAAAAGAGGUCCAUAUUUCCGUGUUCGCCAAACAAGCGGACAAGGAAAAGAGCACUGUCGCGAUAGAGGAAAAUCAGAUCCACGUCGACCUCUAUCUCCCUGGAUCAAAGCGCUUCCGCCGCACAAUCAUUCUUUUCGGUCCUGUGGAUCCAGAUGGGUCUUCGUACAAAUUCUACAACACUAAGGUCGAAGUGGUCCUGAAGAAACUUGAUACCAGGAGUUGGACGUUGCUUGAAGAGACAACCCGUGACCUCGGCAACAUCAGCUUGACUUUUGGUGUCGGUGGCCGGACGGGUACCAUCGGGGGCAAAGAUCUAGUGCUUGAUGAGCAAAACGCAACUAAAAUCAAUUAG